AUGGUUACUCCUGUAUCUGGGCACCACGGUGGGAAAUUCGCUCCAGGGGGACCUUGGGACCCGCGCAUCGCGGCCCACUCGGUGUCUAAUUGUCCAAUAGAGGCGAAAGUCGCUUGUGAAAAUCCUGGACAGCCCCGUGCCCCUGCCUUCAAGGGACAGCCCCGUGCCCCUCCCCUCAAGGGACAGCCCCGUGCCCCUCCCCUCAAGGGACAGUCACGUGCCCCUCCCUCUCAAGGGACACCCCCCUGCUCCUCCCCUCAAGGGACAGCCCCGUGCCCCUCCCUUCAAGGGACAGCCCCGUGCCCCUCCCCUCAAGGGACAGCCCCGUGUCCCUCCCUUCAAGGGACACCCCCCUGCUCCUCCCCUCAAGGGACAGCCCCGUGCCCCUCCCUUCAAGGGACAGCCCCGUGCCCCUCCCCUCAAGGGACAGUCCCGUCCCCCUCCCUCUCAAGGGACAGCCCCGUGUCCCUCCCCUCUAGGGACAGCCCCGUGCUCCUCCCCUCAAGGGACAGCCCCGUGCCCCUCCCCUCAAGGGACAGUCACGUGCCCCUCCCUCUCAAGGGACACCCCCCUGCUCCUCCCCUCAAAAGACAGCCCCGUGCCCCUCCCUUCAAGGGACAGCCCCGUGCCCCUCCCUUCAAGGGACAGCCCCGUGCCCCUUCCCUCAAGGGACAGCCCCGUGCCCCUCCCUUCAAGGGACAGCCCCGUGCCCCUCCCUUCAAGGGACAGCCCCGUGCCCCUCCCUUCAAGGGACAGCCCCGUGCCCCUCCCUCUCAAGGGACAGCCCCGUGCCCCUCCCCUCAAGGGACAGUCCCGUGCCCCUCCCUCUCAGGGGACAGCCCCGUGCCCCUCCCCUCAAGGGACAGUCCCGUCCCCCUCCCCUCAAGGGACAGCCCCGUGCUCCUCCCCUCAAGGGACAGCCCCGUGCCCCUCCCUCUCAAGGGACAGCGCUUCGCCACUCCCCUCAAGGGACAGCCCCGUGCCCCUCCCUCUCAAGGGACAGCGCUGCGCCACUCCCCUCAAGGGACAGUCCCGUGCCCCUCCCUCUCAGGGGACAGCCCCGUGCCCCUCCCCUCAAGGGACAGUCCCGUCCCCCUCCCCUCAAGGGACAGCCCCGUGCUCCUCCCCUCAAGGGACAGCCCCGUGCCCCUCCCUCUCAUGGGACAGCCCCCUGCCCCUCCCCUCAAGGGACAGUCCCGUGCCCCUCCCCUCAAGGGACAGCCCCCUUCCCCUCCCCUCAAGGGACAGUCCCGUGCCCCUCCCCUCAAGGGACAGUCCCGUGCCCCUCCCCUCAAGGGACAGCCCCCUGCCCCUCCCCUCAAGGCCUCUGCCCCUCCCCUCAAGGGACAGCCCCCUGCCCCUCCCCUCAAGGGACAGUCCCGUGCCCCUCCCCUCAAGGGACAGUCCCGUGCCCCUCCCCUAAAGGGACAGCUCCGUGCCCCUCCCCCUCAAGGGACGGCACCUUGGCACCGGAGGCCAUACAGCGGGGCGCCUCGCACACGACUCCGGCCAUUGGCAAAACAAUCGGCAGUUAAUGAGGACAAAUAA